AUGGAAAGUGCCUCUUAUGACUUCAUGGCAACGCAAAACACGUCGUUAACCUCUCCCUCCCCUCAACCUCAAAAGAACAUCUAUCCUCAUCAACCUCAGAUAUACGGCGACCAAUCAUUAGACCAGAGAUAUAAUUACAUCGGCAGCAACAAUCUAGACACUCUUUUGAACGCUAUUGAAGUUGCCCCAGUCAACGUCAAGCCAUCCCAGUCUUUCUCGAUCGCCAAAAUAGCAGCAAGAACUGGUGUUGCCAAUAACGCCAUGUCUUCAUCAUCUACCCCUAUGACAAUUUCUUCUCUGCUAGAUGCAGAUCAGCAACCAAAAUGCACUCCUCCCAUCACUCCUACUGAAGCUGCAUCUCCUACGAUAUCAUAUCCGCGAGCUAGAUCUCCGCCCUUGCAAAUGUCUCUCACCUCAUAUCUUCCAUCUACGUCAAUGACUUAUCCAACCUCAACAGAUCCCAUCUCAUUUCCGCGAUUGCAGUCUUCUCCUCUUCCAUCUCCGCCCAGCAGCGGUUUGUAUUUGCCUUUGCCAUUACCUACCCUCAACCAAGCCAUUGGCAACGGCGAUCACGCCAGGACGUCGCCUCCUCCUCCUCUAAUAACAUCUUCCAAGCGGAAAUGGGAAGCAACCGAUACCUCUGUAAAUUCCUAUGUAAACGAGCUGCGUAACACAAAAAUACGGCGAUCUACGGAAGAUUAUAACGGGGUUCAUGGCUCAGCAUCGAAAUCACCCGAUUCGGGCUCUGGCCAUCAAGAUCAUGAUAGAGACAGACCGUAUCCAACGCUUACAUCACAGCAUUUAAAACCCAUACACAAACCGCAAUCACACUCGCUUAUACCGCCACCACAUAGUCAAUAUCAGACGACAACAAUCACUUGUUAUCAUGCAUCUGUUGCACAAAAAUCGUAUGGCAGCGAGAAGAGAUUUUUAUGUCCACCGCCAGUUGUCAUUAUCGAGUCAUCAAAUAAACACUUGCACAGCAAAUCGGAUGUGGCAAUGUCUGUUACGUGCGAGAAUAACGAUCGUCCUAUGGAACAUAAAGCUUUACUUGACGAGAAUAUGAAGGGAACGUUCAAGUAUCUACAUGUCAGCGGUACGGAUAAGGCUAAGCAAUUUACUCUAAAAUUAAGAAUGUUUCACAAGAAUGCCGAUCUUCCAUAUGUCGUAUGUGAUUCGAAUCCUAUCACUAUCAUCUCCAAACCAUCUAAGAAGACUGCAAAAGCCAGAAACGUUUCCUCAUGCAUCUUAUCAGGAUCACCAAUCUCGCUUUUCAACCGCAUCAACUCUCAAACAGUUCGAACCAAAUACAUGGGAGUUGAAGUUGGACAAUUGUGUGCCAAGAAUUCUUCGUGGUCCUCUUUUAUUAUCACGUUGGUCAACAAAAAUAAUAAUAAUGGUAGCGAGAGUAGCAGCAGCGAUGCCACCAAUUAUAGCAAAGGCAACAGCGAUAACGAUGGCGAAUUCCUUACCCAACGGGCCAAGGCCAAGAGUCAGAAUUCAAACGUGGCUUCAUUUGGUGCUUCCAUCAAUGCUACUCCCGUGACUUACGGAUCAGAGAUUAUGUUGUCAGAGUCGGUGACUGGCGUUACCUCUGAUCGGUUGAUCAUUCGUAAAGUAGAAAGAGGUCAGGUAAUAAGAAGUGCACGCGGUCCAGUGAGUCAGAUGCAAAAGGUGGCUUUACAACGAGUGAACGCCGAUGGAAGUGAAGGUCCUUAUUUAAGCGCGGCUGGUCAAUUCAUGGUUGAUAAUGUCCAACCGCAAGACCAAUGUCAACUCGGAGGGGCAUGUCCGUUCCUGGGAUAUCAGUCAUCUAGGAUGGUACAUAUACAGAAUUCCGAGUAUAGUCAUUCUGCUCCGCUGGAAAAUGCAAAAGAGUCAAUGUUUAGAACAACCACAUUGGAAAAUGCAAAGGAAUCAAUGUUUAGAACAACAUCGAUCAAACAAAUCUCCAAGAAGAGCGCUGUCACUGAUGCUGCUAGUGUUGAAGAAGUUGACGAUUAUCUUUGCUGGACGAUUGUUGGAAUUUCUAAAUUCCAAUACACGUUCUACGAAUCAUACCCACAUACCCCUCUUCCCACAUCACCCUCGUGA